AUCUUCCUGAAAUAUCUCUAGGCAUUUAUUCUCCACCUAUCUCCUUCGCAUACUCCUUCACCCACACUCCGCUGCUAUCCCAUCUCCUCUUCUUUUCCAACGCAACUCCCUUCUUAGUUGUUUCCCACACUCCGCUGCUACCCAUCUCCCUCUUCUCUUCCAACGCAACCCCCUUCUCCACGAACUAAUGGCAGAUCCCUAUUCUCCCUCAUCAGUCAAAACCCCUCCUCCGGAUUUGCACAUGCAAUCAGAACGUUUAGUUGAUGAAGGGAAGCUGACAUCGGUUGUAGAUCUGAAAUCCAAAAUUGAUCUUCCAAUAGAUCCAUUGGAUGCAUUGCCGGUGAGGCCAUUUAUUUUCAGGAGGGCUCAUUUUGGUUACUCCAACGAGGGUGAGAUGGAUCUGAAUUGGGCAAUACGAAAGAAAUAUUGGGACAAUCUAGUUUAUGACACAUACGACGGGCCGGAAGACUUGGAAGAUGGAGAGGAGGUGACUUCAGCAACGGUGGAUGCAGGUGGCUACCAAACUGGUUCCGAUGAUAGUUCAAAUGAAGGGGACGAAGCGGAGGAGGAGGCUCGACUUGAAUUGAAAGGGAAGUAGCCUAUUCCCUAUUUCUCUGUGCUAAGAACUGAAUAUAUUCAUGGUGAAAUUCCUAGUUUGUUACUUGUUUGUUGUUUGUUUUUUGUUACCGUGCGCAUAUGUGAGUUGGGGUUUCAUGACUACUAGGAACUAAUGAUUUAAUGGGGCUUGAAUUCAAUUUUUAUAAAAUUUGUUGGCUAUUCUACAUGUUUUACUGAUGCCAUCCAAUUGUGAAAUUGAAGGAGACUUUGUUUGCAUUCACUAGUGUGUGGAAACAAAUUCACAGAUUGCAUUUAAACAUGUGUGCAUUGAAACUAAAAUUUUAUAUGGCAUUAAAACCUAGCAUUUGGGCUUACAAAAAAUGUACAAAGAGUACAUUGAAGUACAUUAGUACUAGUACUUCCAUACCAAUGUACAAACAAAAUGCACAAAAAAGCAUUGACACUUCAGUUUUGUAGAACAGAAAAUUCAAAACUAAACCUGUCAUAAUUAAUUCAUCAAUGUAACAUAUGCCUAUUCUUCAUUGAUGAUUUGUCCUGAGGAUUGCCCUGUAAUGGUAGUUGCCAUUUGUCCAUUAUAGUAUGCCCUAGAUGUUUCAUAGAGUUCUGCACUAAUCUGGACAUUUCUUGGUAAUAGCCCUUGCCUUUCCAACUUGUCUUUGCCUAUGUGGAUCAAUUUGAAUUUUUUGCCUUCUUGUCCCGCAGUACAACUUCCAUCACACAUUGAAAGCUUAUAAAAACUUUGUUCAAUGUGCUUGUUAUGAACUCAUUGAAAGAAGUUUGCACAGCUUCACUUAAACCUUUAAUAUUCUUUAGCCCCAUUUGAUCUUUGAUUAAAUCAAUGGCCAUAAAGAAUCCCAAGUCCAGAACAUUUAAGUCCGGACUAUUUGGGGGCUGGCACUUCAGUUCAAUCUUCCAACCAUCCCGUGUCGCAAUUCUGACAAAGUCAUGAUCAAUAACCCCUAUAUGGGGGUGUGCAUUAUCCUGUUGUAUUAUGACAUGUUGUUGUGUGAAUCUGGUCACUUCUCUUUGAUUGUUGGGACAAGUUUGUUUAGAAUCAUUUCUUUUAUGACUGCUCUAGUCACACUUAAAACUGGUUUUGUCUCUAAAGUACUAGUAGAUCUGUUUUUGCUUGACCUUUUAGUCAGUUCUUCAAAUAUGAAUGGAAAGAUGCUUACUCUUCCAUCCCAUAACACCUCCUCAUUCUCUGCUAUUCUUGGCCUACCAACAACGGCUAGAAACAUAAUCUUUGGAAUAAACUUUUUUUAUUGAGCUGUUCUGUAUGGAUCAUCUUCUGUUGGGAUGGUGUAGAAAGUAGUUGUUUAUUUUGAAAGGUAAACCAUUUUUCAUCAAUGUGUAUGUAAUCAAAGAAGUCAUGAAACGUAGGCCUUGUUGGUAGGGAAUGUGGAGUUGUAUGACUCAAACAGUAUUCUAACCUUUUUCAACUUUCCAACAUUUGUGAGGAGUGGCUUGAUAGCACUAGAAUGCCUUUUGAUUUCAUUUCUCUUGUACCACCUACAGACUGUAGAGGUUGAAACUUUCAUAGCAUAGUCCAAUGCUCUCAUAUUUUUUCUUUGAUGCGAUGGUAUGUCUUUCAUUUUCUGACUGUCUAAGGCAAUCUUUUUUCUGGCACAAUUACCUUUCUAGUUGCUUUGCACGUUUAUGGCUACACCUUCAAGCAUUUGUUGUUUUGCUUUCUUCUACAACCUGUGAACUGUUUCUCUGUUUACUUUGAACUCAUUGCCUAUGUUACUAAUACUGCCCCUCUGAAGUUUACCUUCACUAGACAUGCGUAACAACUUUGCUAUUAUGCACAUUCUUUUUUGUUCUGUUAAUUAAGGCCUGGGAUGUUGUGAUGUUUCUCCUUCUCUUUGACUUUGUGUGUGAAACAUGCUUGCAGGUGAAAGGAGGACGAGUUGACUCUCUAGUGACUGUUCUGGAUUGGAGGGGAGCUCAGCUUCUUCCAUCGAUGGAUGUUUUUGUAUCUUCUUUUCUUUGUAAUGGACUUUAUAGGAGUAGACUUGAUGUAAUUUUUGAAAGGAUUUGUGAGGUUUACACAAAUUUAGAAUCAUGUAAACUCAAUUUGGUAGGGAAAACCGUAUGUAACUAAUAAAUAUCUAUUGCCAUGUAAUGUAUCAGAAAGGAUGGCUCUACAACACAUU